AUGGCGACUCCCAGUCGUCACCAUGCAGUUAUCUACGACAACCCCGGAACGCUGUCCGUCAAGGCCGUUGAAGUCGACACGCCCGAACCAGGCCCCGGGCAAGUAUUGAUCAGGCUCUCGCAUAGUGGCGUGUGUCAUUCCGACUACGCCGUCAUGAUGAACGGCUGGAAAUGGCUCUCUGAUCUUAAAACGAAAACCCAAGUUGGAGGCCAUGAAGGCGUAGGAGAAGUUGUCAAGCUGGGACCGGGCCUAGCCACCAAGACAGUCCAGCUUGGUGAUAGAGUUGGCAUCAAAUGGUUCUCUUCCGUCUGUCUAGAAUGUCCAGCUUGUAUGGUCGGCCUGGAGGGCUCAUGUUUCCGUCCGACUGUAUCAGGGUACAGUGUACCAGGCACCUUUCAGGAGUACGUUCUAGCACCUGCAAACUAUGUUACUCCGAUCCCAGCCGAUCUACCGUCAGAUGUUGCGGCGCCGCUGCUUUUUGGCGGCUUGACGGUGUAUUCUGCUUUUCUGAAGACUCCAGCGCGGGCCGGUGAGUGGUUUGUAGUCUCUGGCGCGGGAGGUGGCCUGGGACACUUAGCUUGCGAGAUUGGCAGCCAUGGGCUGGGGUUUAGAAUCUUGGGCAUUGACUCGGCUGAGAAAGAGUCCUUGGUCAAAGAGUGCGGGGCAGAACAAUUCAUCGCCAUCAACAAAUAUCCUCGCGGACCCGAGGGCGACAAGGCCAUGGCAGAUGAAGUCAAGCGGAUUACAGGCGGUGGUGCCGCUGGGGUGAUGGUUUGCACGGCCGCACAUGCUGCAUAUGCCCAAGCCCUCAACUUCCUGAGGUUUAAUGGUACACUUGUGUGUCUCGGCAUAACUGAGGGCGAUGAGGUCCCUAUCCAGAGUGCAGACCCUGGCAAACUGAUCAUUGGACAGCUCAAUAUAACAGCCUCGUCGGUGGGAAACCGAAAAGAGGCUUUGGACGUUCUACAUAUGGCGGCACGAGGAGUGGUGAAGCCGAGAUUCACCCUUCACAAGCCGAAGGAGUUGGGGGACGUCUUCUCACGGAUGGCGAAGGGAGAGCUGUUGGGUCGUGCCGUGAUAGCCCUGGAUGCCAAUCAAUGGGACUAGCCUCGCAGCAUCCGAUGCUUCGGCGUGAGAGGCAAGUCGAUCCUUGUGCGAAUGCGUUGCGUCGGAUAGGUCGGUUAUAAUUUGAGGUUGGGAUGUUGAUUGCUGCUCCAGUUUUGCUCAGGCAUCCCGAGAUGUGCAUCAGUCGACCACAUGCCAGUCUGUGGGACCACGUAUACCGUGUCUGCUGAUCAGCUCGGAUCAAGUCCCAGAUAACAAACUGGUGAACUAGACUUCAGGAACAAAGCACAUUAUUCAACCACCAAGGUCAGAACCUAUAGCACCCUAAGGUCGUAGGGUGGCUACUGGGUGCUCGAGACUGAGUAGGAAGUCGUAAAUUAUCCAGAUAGCCACUUUUUAGCAGCAGUCUCUCACGUCUUUAGCCACUC